AUGGACGACUUUGUGGGCCGCGUACACGAGGAGCUGUACGAGGUGCUGUACCCGCAGCCCGCGCGCCAGGAGGCCGCGCCCGAGGCCGCCCCGCCCGUGCAAAACACCGAGGACGCCCACGGGCGCGGCGCGCCGCCUGAGUGGGCGGGCGGCAGGCAGCCGGGCGCGGCCGCCGACGCCGGGGAGCCCGGCCUCCGCGGCCGCCGCCGGGCGGGCGGCUCGAAGGCGGGCGUGGCCGCCGAGGAGCUGGACCUCCGCGCCUACCUGGCGAGGCUGGCCCGGCAGCGCGAGAGCCUGGCGCUGCGGGAGCUUUGCGGGCGCCAGGCGAGGCUGGCCAAGCUGCAAGAGGACCUGGUGUUGCGGGAACUCUGCGGCUUCCAGGCGCCCCAGGUGGCUUCUGACCUGGCCGCGGUGGCCGAGCGGCAGGACGAUGCGAUGCUGCAGGAGCUCUACCAGUGGCAGGCAGAGUGCGCGGGAGCGGCGGCGGCCCAGCUGGGGCACGGCCUGCUGGUGCCCGAGCUCUGGUGGCCUCCGGCGGAGCUCGCGGGAGCAGCGACGGCCAAGCCUGGCGAGGGUCUGUUGCUGCACCACCUCGGGGUCCCGCUCUGCGCCGACGGCCACACGGGUGUGGGUGUGGGCAACGCUCCUGACGUCUGGGCAGCGCCUGCCUCGCUCUGCUCGUGGGGCGCGGCUCCAAGGAGCCCGCGGGUUCAACAGCCGGCCCAGGCGAGCUCGCUGCAGGCCGUGAUGCAGGAGAUUGCUGAGGUUGACGCUGGCUCGGUGAUUCUCGUGCGCAAGAUCAAGAAGAUGGGGUUCAGCUCCCGCAGGCUCCUGCGCGACCACUUCUCGCAGUUUGGGAUGGUGGCGAAGGUGCUCAUGGCGCACUCGCGCCUCAAGGGCUCCGAGCAGCCUCGGCUCCGGCCUGCCAGCCUGGGCUUCGUCGUGAUGCGCAGCAGCGCCGAGGCGGAGCACGCCUUCGCUGCAGGCUCCACGCAGGAGGUGAGCGGCGUCUCGAUCGAUGUCCUCCGCUUUGUGCGCCGCGGCGGCGGCGUGCCCGAGGGCCCGGAUCGCGGGCAGGGCCUGGACGAGCUGCCCGAGGACGCGCUGCCCGAGGAGGCCGUCGAAGCGGCCUCGGAGGGCCCCUAA